AUGAUAGAAGCACAACAACAAAACAAACAUCAAGAUCAAUUAGAUCAAUUCUCUGCCGUCUUUCAAGAGAGAACAAAUGAAUCGAUACGACAAUUGGAUCAAUUCUACAACGACAACUUGCAAUGGAUUAGUGAUGCCAAACGGUUUAUGACUCAGUCAUUGACAUCAAAACAUAAUAAUGCUAAAGAGUAUGUCCAUAGUGACUUUACAUUACCAAUCUUAUCAACAUCGUCAUCAUCAUUACAUCAACAACAACAACAUAUUAGAUAUCCACUUCAACCAUUGAAUAAUAAUAACCAACAUAAUAUUAAUAACAACUAUAAUAAUAUCAUUAAUAAUAAUAAUAAUAAUGGAUCAACAUUACUUUACACUUGUACAUUAUUUAAUUCAUCAAAAUUGUCAAUGGUUAUGAAUGACCCUAUUCAAACAAAGUAUAAUCAAUUGGCUAAUGAUACAGAUGAAUAUAAUCAAAAGAUUAAACAACAAAUAAUCCAUCAACAUCAACAACAACAACAAUCAACCAUUAUUCAACCAUCUGCUGCUACUGCCACAGCUACAGUUGCACUUCCAAAGAUUCCAUUAAAAAAGAUCAAUAGUAGUAAUAAUCUUUUACCAAUCUUGACAUCAAAUACCAAUACAGCUGCAAUCAAUAUUAUUACUCCAGUUGCCAAACCAACAACAACAAAUAACAACAACAAACCAACAACCAAUGCAAUGGAAAUUGAUGAAAAUACAGUUCCAUCUGCUAUCCCAACUCCAAAACCAACUACAACCACUACCACCGCCAAACCAACACUUGAAAAGAAAUUAACUAAACAAAGGUUGGUACAAGAAGAAAUGUCAAUGAAUAUGGUCGAUUGCACAAACAUUGCCGACAAUAUGGACCUUUCUAAACUAUUAGAUGAUAGUAUUAUUGUUGUUGAAGAGAAACCAAAGGAGAAACCACCUGUUCCAUCAACAAACAAGGCUGCAAAGAAGGGUGCUGCUGCUGUUGUCCCCACAGUCACAGGCAAAAGAAAGGAAAAAGAGACACAACAAGAUGAACCAUUGGUAGAAGACCAACAACCAAAGAAAAAGGCUAGUUUGGAAAAGGAAAAAGAAAAGGAAAAGGAUAAACCAACCACCACCAGCGUUGCUAAUGCCAAUGCCAAUACCAAGAAUGAAACAAAUUCAAAAGUUCCACCAGUUGUUUCAAAUAUUGCCAAAGAAGUUGCAACCAAAAAGAAAUUAAAUAAUUUAAAUAAUAAUAAUUUGACCAAUAUAAUGAAGGAAUUGGCAACUCAAUCCUCUACUACUACUACUACUGCUCCAACUACAACAACUACUACCAAGACAACUGCCAACAACACUGCUACCAAUAACACUGCCUCCAAUGCUAUUGCCAAUAAUAAUACAAAGGCUAAAAAAGCAGAAGAUAAAAGACAAGAAUUGGAAAAAAAGAGACAAGAAGAAGAAGAGGAAAAGAUGAAAAAGAAGGCAGAGGAAGCCAACAAAAGAGAAUUGGAACUUCAAGCGCAACGUGAACAAGAAGCAAAGGAAAAGAGAAAAAAGAUGGAGGAGAGACAGAAAAAGGUCGAGGAAAACAUGCAAUUGCAACGUGAAGAAGAGGAAAAACGUCGUCGUGAAGCAGAAGACCGUGAAACACAAAGAAAGGCAAAGGAGGAACAAGACCGUCGUCGUCGUGAAGAAGAGGAUGACGCUAAACGUAAAAUUGCAGAGAUGGGAAGAGCCGAAGAGAGAAAACGAAAGGAAAGAGAGGAAUUGGAACAAAAACAAUUACUACUUCAACGUACUCUCCAAAAUAUUAAAACUCCAACAAAAGAUACCAACUCUAAUAACUCUGCCAAGACUACUACUGCUGCUGCUGCUCAAAAGAACAACAACAAUGCUGUCACUCAAAAGACUCCAGUCAAUGGUGCCAAAAAUAUACCCACCGCUGCCGCUGCCCUCCAAACUACUCCCAUUUCAUCAUCAUCAUCAUCUGCAGGUAGUAGCACUGGUAGUACACCCAUUCAACCAGGCAAUUAUUUACAAAGUCUACUUGGUUUGGUAUUUGGUAGUAAUUCCAAAGCACCAUCUGCAAUUCAAGAAGCUCAAAGAAAAUCUCAAAAUCAAGAUGAAGAUGAAGAUGUUGAAUUUGAAGAAGAGGAAGAAGAAGAAUAUGAAGAAGAGGAAGAGGAUGAAGAGGAAUAUGAAGAGGAAGAAGAAGAAGAAGAAGAAGAAGAAUAUGAAGAAAGUGAAUAUGUAGAUGAUGAUGAAGAAUAUUCAACACCAAACAAGAGUAUAAUGAAUACUACUUUACAAAAGAAUAAUAAUAAUAAUAAUAAUAAUGUCAAGAGUGGUGGUAACAACAACAAUCGAUCACUUCUAUUUAGUGCAGCUAUUACACCAAAAGCAGUUGCCAAAAACAACGAACCAGAAUCACCAAUCAUGACUCCACUUUCACCAGUUAGACCAUUAAUGUCGGAAAUGUCAAUGAAUCAAUACACUCCACCAUCUCCAUUGACCAGUCCCAACUUGUCGACGGCAUCGGUAUCCAUGACGUCUCCAUCAUCCAUUUCAGAGAUUCGUGAAGACUCUAUCAUGUCUACACCAAACAGUGGAAACCGUAACGCCAGUAACAGUAGCUCAAAUGGCACCAAUGACAGCGUCUCCAAGCCAUACUUGAAUGCCAACAAGUCAUAUGGAGGCUUAUCAUCAUCUGAUUUGACCAGUCCUCGUCCCACCGAUGAUCUUGCAUCUGCAUUAUCUCCACACUUGUCCAGACGUACACCAGCCAAGGGGUCUCCAAACACUAGUCGUCUUGAACGUAGUAACAGCAACAUUAAUCUAUCAUCAAACAAUCUUCACAAUAUUUUACUCAGCCACCAUCAUCAACAACAACAACAGAAACCAACUAACAAUGUACAGCUUUAUUCCCCACAACACUCCUCCACUUCUUUGCAACCAUCGUUUGAUGGAUCUAUGGAGGGCAGACAAUACCCAGUCUUGGAUGAACCCGAUGACAUCGAUGAAGACUAUAACGAAUUUGACAUUUCCAUUGAAAUUGACCCAGACAAGGUUCCAAAAUGGGCUGCCUCCACCAAGCUAAAGGAUAAAUUAAAGAAACAAUCCAAAAUGGAUCCAGAUUUAAUUUUCCCAAAAGUUAAAAAGGUUAAAUUAUCAGAUAUUUUCCCACAAAACCAUAAUGUAGCGGUUAGAGAAAUCAUUGAUCAACAUCAAUAUCAUUCAGCUCAAGGACAUUUUAAAAAUAAUAAUGCAUCUCUUGAUUGGUCAAUCUAUGGAGAAGAAGAUGAAGAAAGUUAUAGAAAGCGAAUGGGUUAUCAUAAAAUUUAA